UGUUGCCUUUUCCUGAUAAUCUCACACUGUGUUAUCGGUUCCCAUCCAGUUGUCACCAGGGCUGUGUGGGUAAAUGCGUUUAAAUGCUCCCAUCCUGCUCUUUCCCCCUUCACCCUCGGGUGUGUACGAUGCUAAUCUUUGACCUUUCAGUUUCUUCCUGCUCCUCUUGUCUCUUCCUUUCUUGUCUCUCCCCCCUACCUUUUGUCUCUGGGUGUUUUGGGGGCGCUUUUUUUUUUUUUUUUUUUUUUUUUUUUUUGGCCUUUUGUACAAAGAUUAGUUUCAAUGUAGUCUGUAGCUCCUUUGUAAACCAAUUAAAAAGUUUUUUUUAAUAAAAAGCUGUCUCUGGUGUAUUGAGGGGGGUUGGGAAUGGGUAGCAUUCUAAACUGAACAAAGGUUUCCAACUGUACUGGUGUUUUCCCAUACAUGUGCAGUCAUCGUAUACUUAACUUCCAGGUACCAGUUUCACAAUCAGAUCAGUGCACCACAACUUCAUAGAGAUACGGACCAACGAGAGGAAGAGAGGCAGCUCCAACUUUUUUUUUUUAAGCUGCUGAUUCUGGAAUAAUUUUGAGUGUAGAGAAGUUGCAAUGAUAGAGUUUCUAUAUAGUCCUCACCCAGUUUUCUCCCUUGUUGACAUUACUGCUGUGAUACAAUGACCAAAAAAAGUAGAAGCUAACACGGGCACGUUAUAUUAGUUGAACUGCAGACUCUGGGUGUCCCCAGUUUUUCCUUUGAUUCCCUGUUUCUGUCUGGGGUCUGCUCACUCUGAUUUACCGUGCCUUCCCAGUCUCCUCUGGACAGUUUGUUAUUCUUUCCUUGUUUUUCAUGGCCUUCGCAGUCUUCGGGAAUAUUGAACAAGUAUCCUAUUGAAUAUCUCCCAGUCUGGGGUUGUCUGGUGUUUUUGCUGACUGUGAAACUUACUUUAUGGAUUUUUUGGAAUACCAUAGAGAUGAAGUGCCCUUAUCACAUCCUGUUAGAGAGUAAGUGGCAUCCACUUAACCUUUCCCAUGAUCAUCUUCAUGAGUUUGUUAAAUUGGCAUGUGUCAGGUUUCUAGCUCUGAAGUUAGGAUUUAGAUAUGUAUUCAUGUAUAGUUCCUACAUGGGUUGCAAUCAGUCACUGCUACUUUUAUUCAGUUGCUCACGUUGUCCCAGUGUUGGCCUUUGGGAGCUCCUCCAGGUUGGCUCCUGUAUAUCUUUUAUCUGCUAAUAUUUUAUUUUUCUUGUUUGCGAACCAUGGAAAGAACUCCCAUCUGCUGGUUCACUCCCCAAAGGCCCACAGAGUGUGGGCUGGACUGAAGCUGGGAGCCGAGAAUUCAGUCCAGGUUUCCCAUGUGGGUGACAAGAACCCAAUUGCUUGAAGCCAUCACCUGCUCCCUCCAAAGGUCUGCACUGCACAAGCAGGAAGCUGGAGUCAGGAACCAGAGCCUCAUAGAACACAGGCAUUCCAGGAUGGGAUGAGGGUAUCUUUAAUCUUUACUAGGCAAAAUGCGAGCAGGCCCUCCCCUACACUUUUUUAGGAUAUUUAUUUGAAAGGUAGGAGAGAGCUUCCAUCUGCUGGUUCACUCCCCAAAUGGCCACAACAGCCAGGGCCAUUUGUGCCAGGCCAAAACCAGGAGCCAGGAACUUCUGGGUCUAGUGUGGGUACAGGGGCCCAAGCUGCUUUCCUAGAUAUAUUAGCAGGAAGCUGGAUGGGAAGUGGAGCAGCCAGGAUUUGAACCAGCACCCAUAGGAGCUGGCAUCACAGGCGGCUGCUUUACCCACUAUGCCACAGUGCCAGCCCCUGGGCUUCCUUUUUUAGUUUUGCCACUUGGGUUUUUUUAAAGGUUUAUUUAUUUAUUUGAAAAUUACAGAGAGUGAGGGAGAAACAAAGGCCUUAAAUCUGCUGGUUCACUUCCCGAAUGGCUGGAACUGCCAGGGCUGAGGCUAGCCAAACCAGGCACUUCAUCCAAGUCUCCCACAUAGGUGUCAGGGGCCUGAACACUUGAGCCAUCUGCUCUUCUGCGGCCAUUGGCAGGGAGCUGGGUUGGAAAUGGAACAGCCGGUUCACAAAUGGGUGCCUAUAUGGGAUGCCCACAUCACAGGCGGUGGCUGUACCUGCUGCGCCACAUCACCAGCCCCCAGAUUACUCUCUUAAAAUACUGUAUAAUGAAAAAUAUGCCUCCUCAUCCACCAAACAAGAUUUGUCCCCCACCCCACCCUGAGGGACCUUAUCAUCCUGCUUCAUACACACCACGGUUCUACUCCGGAGCCUUCGCCAUGCAUCCCACUCACCAUCUUUUUCUUUUUUUUUUUUUUUUUUUUUUUUUUUUUUUUUGCCAGGCAGAGUGGACAGAGAGAAAGGUCUUCUUCCUUUUGCCGUUGGUUCACCCUCCAAUGGCCGCCGCAGCCGGCGCACCGUGCUGAUCCAAAGGCAGGAGCCAGGUGCUUCUCCUGGUCUCCCAUGGGGUGCAGGGCCCAAGCACUUGGGCCAUCCUCCACUGCACUCCCUGGCCACAGCAGAGAGCUGGCCUGGAAGAGGGGCAACCGGGACAGAAUCUUGUGCCCUGACCGGGACUAGAACCCGGUGUGCCGGCACCGCAAGGCAGAGGAUUAGCCUAUUGAGCCACAGCGCCUGCCCCACUCACCAUCUUUAGGGUUUGGUUUUGUUUUUAACGCUGUCUUUCUGAUAACAUAAAACACUUUAGGUUCAUCUUGUAUUUCCCCUGCCCCAGACCAAGGGUCAGCCAUUUCCUUAAGGAGCUUUGUUUUAUUGGAGAAUGGGAUUUAGAUACAGGAUCCGACAUACUCUGUGUUUGGUUAAUACUAGCCUGUAGCUAACAUUAAAUCUGGAUAGCGGUCCCUUCUGAAAUUGAAGUUAUUCUGACAGGCUUCGCGGUUGUCCAUCAGGCUCUGAUUUCAUUUUCCUACCCAGCCUAGAAAUCUUCAGUCAACUGUUAAUACCAUGGGUACCAGCGUUCUCAAUUGUUUUGCUCAUUCCAUUCCCUGUGUCUGCUUUGUCAAUACUCAGCACUGGGUAAAUUCAACUAGUUGAUUUCCUUAGAUAGCCAUAACAAAAUAACAUUUUCACAUGGGUGUGUGUGUGUGUGUGUGUGUGUGUGAUUUUUGCAGCCUUAAAUGAGCCCCUAAUUGUGCCAUUUAUUCAGUAAACAUAAAUGGCACGAUUAUUGAGCCUUUUCUGUGUAUGGGAUGUGAACUUGAGCCGAGGAUAGAAAGUUACAUACAACAGGCCCUGCCACCAGGACUUCAUGUCUGGGAGGCUGGCACUGUGCAUGGUAGGUUAAGCCUCUGCCUGCGACGCCAGCAUCCCUUGUGGGUGCCGCUUCAGAUCUCAGCUGCUCCUUUUCCUGACCAGCUCUGCUGAUGGCCGAGGAAAGCAAUGGAAGAUGGCCCAGGUGCUUGGGCCCCUGCACCCACAUGGGAGACCCUGAAGAAGCUUCUGAUUCCUAGCUUUAGAUCAGCCCAGCUCCGGCCAUUGUGACUAUUUGGGGAGUGAACUAGCAGAUGGAAGACCUCUCUCUUUCUCUGUAACUCUGCAUGUAAAAUAAAAUAAAUCUUUGAAAAAAAAAUUUUAAUACUUCAUAGUGUGGAAGUUAAGACAGAUUCCAUUAAUUGCUAGUUUUCCAAUCCUGACCUCAUUUUCAGCAGAUGACUUGUCUCUUAGUUCAUGGAUAAAAUGGAAGUGUGUUUUCAAACUUUCCUCUUCUCACAAUACAAACACUAGACAGGGAACUUCAAAAUGUUUAUGGGAAAAUGGAAUUAAAAGAUGAGUUUUGGAUUCCGGGUUAGGAUGCCCACAUCUCAUAUCAGAAUGCACGGGUUUGGGGCUGGUGGUGUGGUGCAGUAGAUUAAAGCCCCUGCCUGCAGUGCCGACAUCCCAUUUAGGUGCCAGUUCUAGUCCUGGCUGCUCCACUUCGGAUCCAGCUCUGUGCUAUGGCCUGGGAAAGCAGUAGAAGAUGGCCCAAGCAUUUGGGCCCCUGCACCCUCGUUGAGACCUGAAAGAAGAUUCUGGCUCCGACCAUUGGAGCCAUUUGGGGAGUGAACCAAUAGAUGGAAGACUCUCUCUAACCCUUUCAAAUUAAUUUUUAAAAAAAUGCUCCCCAGCUCCACUCUUGACCCCAGCUUCCAGUGGGGACACAGACGACAGUGAUCCCUCAAAUAAGUGGACUCCUGCCGCCCACGUGGGAGCCCCGAUUGCUUUCUGGCUCCUGGCUUCUGCGCAGUCCCAGCAGCAGCAGGGCAGGCAUUUAGGGAAGGAACCAGCAGAUUGGAUGGGAGCUUCUCUCAGCCCCACCUCCCUCUUUAAAAAAAAGUUUUUCCAAGAUGUUUAUUUUGGUGCCAAACAAAAUUUGAGAUCAGUGAAUAGUUUUUCCGUAACUUGUAUUUCCAUGGAUGAUUCGAAGACUCCUUCUAUUUUGUUCUUUUUUCACCAUUUGGUAAGCCAGACCCGCUACGUGUGCUCUUAAUCGUGUUUCUUUUGACUUUUUUUUCCUUCUUUUUUAUAUUUUCCUCUUUUAUCCUUAGUCCCUCCUUUGGUUCCCUUUGGUUAGCCUGGCAGCCUGUUUGAGUCCCCUCUUCCUUCCCCCAUUUUGAAAAAACCUCGAGCUUCUGAUCUAGUUCCUUUCAUUUCCAAAGUUCCUACAGUAGUUUAUGUUCAUUUUUUUUUUUUCUUCCAGGAUGCACUCCUUAGGCCCCUGUUUGGCACCCAUUAUUUACCAAGACUUUUUUUUUUUUUUUUUUAAUUUUUUGACAGGCAGAGUGGACAGUGAGAGAGAGACAGAGAGAAAGCUCUUCCUUUGCCAUUGGUUCACCCUCCAAUGGCCGCCGUGGCCGGCGCAUUGCACUGAUCUGAUGGCAGGAGCCAGGUGCUUUUCCUGGUCUCCCAUGGGGUGCAGGGCCCAAGCACUUGGGCCAUCCUCCACUGCACUCCCGGGCCUUAGCAGAGAGCUAGCCUGGAAGAGGGGCAACUGGGACAGAAUCCGGCACCCUGACCGGGACUAGAACCCAGUGUGCCGGCGCCACAAGGCGGAGGAUUAGCCUAUUGAGCCAUGGCGCCGGCUAAGACUUUUUUCUAAAAAUUAACAUCAGCAACCCAGUUGCCAGCCCCAGUCAUCUUUGAGUAGCUGGUCCCCUAGGCCUCUCUGCGGCAAUGUUCCGUUCCUUGUUCCUUCUCCCCCUUAAGUCCUGUCCACUCUUACCUAAAUGAUGACAGCUCCCAAACCUUGAGUCCCAGCUUUUGUCUUGUCCUGGAUACCUGCUGGACAUUUUCAUCUGGACGUCCUGCACGUGUUAGAAGGACAGUCUUCUGAUCCAUGUCUCACUUAACAGUAUCACCUAGCCCUUGAACACUCACACUUGAAACCUCAGUCGGCCUUUAGUGCUGUCUCUGAAGCGUUAGUUAUUUGGGAGGCAGAGCAACAGAAAUUGGAAAGAGAGAAGGGCGCUUUGAUCUGCUUCCCCAAAAUGCCGACAAUAGCCAGGGCUGGGCCAGGCUAAAGCCAGGAACCGGGAACUUCACCCAGGUCUCUCACGUGGGUGAUAGACACCCAGGUACUUGACCAUCAUCAGCUGCCUCCCAGGAUGCACGUUAGCAGGAAGCUGGAUCAGAAUCAGAGGCAGAACUCGAAUCCAGGCACAUCAGUGUGGGAGUCCCAAGUGGCAGCUUAACCCACUGUGCCGCAGUGUCCACCCCACGGCCUCGGUCUCCCUACUGAUCUCCCUGAGCCCCAUUCAGCCACUGUCGUGUUGCUGCCAGGCCCCUGCCUAAAAUCCUUUGCUUUUUACAAAAAGGCUAAGCUCCUGGCUGCGGGAUUGGAAAACCUCUCCAGUCUGGUGUGGCCCCAGUCUCAUACCGCUUUAUUCUCACUUCCCUCACCCGCAGCACAGUCUGCUUUGUGUUUAUAUCUCCGUGCCACGCUCGUGCUCCUUUCUGGGGUUAUGGAAAUACCCUCCUCUGAAGCCCUCUCUGGGCACUCCCCUCCCCUAUUUUCUGUGCCUUAGGCUGAAUCAGCUGAUUUCAUCUUUCUGCUUGGACGGCUCCUUGUUGAUACGCCUAAUAUACUAAAUUUUAUGCUUGCUUGCUAAUGUGUAUAUGCACCUGCUUUUCUAGACUAAGUUUCUAGAGGGCUGGAAUCACACUUCCAUCUUUUGCAGGCUCAGGACCUAAUGAAAUACCUUUUUUUUUUUAAGAGUGGGAUCUAAUUAUUUGCUGAAUUGAAUGAAUAAACAACUCCCUCUAGUCCCAUACAGCGGGAUCACCACUGCCUUGAAUCCCGAGUCCCUGAUGAGGUUGGCUGUGAAUGUGCAAUCCAGGAAGCCUUUCCUCCGGGGCUGGAAGCCUCCUCCAGGCCCUUCCUACCCAGCACCCACAUCCUCACCCCUGCUCUCAACAUCUCUAGGCAUGGUUUUUCUGCCUUUGAAGAGGGUUUUCAGCGUAGAAGCUGCCUUUCUUGGCCUGCUCCCUCCCUGAAGGAGUUGUCUGAGACACUCCAGACAAAGAAGCUAUUUGACCUUCAACUCCACCCACCGGUUACCACCCUCCUUCCCAGACUGAUCUGAUCUGGGAGCCCACAGACGGCUGGACAUUCCUCCUCACCAGCAGGGCCCCAUAGGCCCCUGGAAGGGCGCGGGGAAGGGCGGGCAGCCCCCUCCAGCCCUGGCCAUCCCUGCAGUGGCAGUUUUACACCCAUUGGAGCAUUUGUUCUCCUCUUUGCAAGCAGCAACCCAGGAGGAGAAAGGCCCUUGAAUUGAAAGCGUCUAUUCUCGCCGUGGCUCAAUAGGCUAAUCCUCCACCUUGCGGCGCCGGCACACCGGGUUCUAGUCCCGGUUGGGGCGCCGGAUUCUGUCCCGGUUGCCCCUCUUCCAGGCCAGCUCUCUGCUAUGGCCAGGGAGUGCAGUGGAGGAUGGCCCAGGUGCUUGGGCCCUGCACCCCAUGGGAGACCAGGAAAAGCACCUGGCUCCUGGCUCCUGCCUUCGGAUCAGCACGGUGCGCCGGCUGCAGCGGCGGCCAUUGGAGGGUGAACCAACGGCAAAGGAAGACCUUUCUCUCUCUGUCUCUCUCUGUCCACUCUGCCUGUCAAAAAAAAAAAAAAAAAAAAAGCGUCUAUUCUCAUCGCUGGCCUCAGCGAGGUCACUCUGAGGAAGGGGUUCUGGGCUGCCACCAGGGGGACAGAAAGCUGGGGAAAUACUGCUUUUCCCCCACCCCCAUUCGCUUGGGAGCCAGCUGCUCACAGGUGUGGAAAUAAUUUCCGGUUCACUAGUUUCUCACUUUGGGCAAGAGUCUGCUGGGGCUAGACUCCUGUGUCCGUUGCAGCCGAAGCCACAGGCCUUCUCCGUGCACACCAUGUGUCCUCUCUUCACACCCCGUGUCCUCCCUUCACAUGUUCUGGUCACUACAUCUGAUUCCUCCCGGGAGGUGUAUUGUGGGCAUCCAUCUGCCCCCAGCGCAGCCUGGAGUUUCUCCCAUGUCUGCUGACCUCUGGUGGUGACGGGGUGAACUGUACCCUCCCUUUCUAGUUAGUGGCCCGCAGGCAGGUAAUGGUGCAUAUUUUCUCAACGAUCCAAAUAUUAAGUGAAAAUAUCUCUUUUACUGCUGAAUUUUACAUGUUUUUUUCAGGAAGCAUGGUGUAUUACAAAGAACAAAGCCUGGACUUCAGAGUCAGAUUUACCUAGGUUCAGAUCCGACUUGACCUUGGACAGCCUACCUAAACUCACUUUUCCUAACUACCUGUGCAGGAGAAGUGAGAUGAUUAUCAAGGAAUAGACGUAGCUGCACCCUAGCACAUGGUGUGUGCCCAGUAAAAAAAAAAAAAAAAAAAGAAAGAAAAGAAAAAGUUAACCUUUCAAUAAUGAUGUGAUUUUUAACUCUGGGGAAUUUUAUAUCCUUUCUAAUUCCUGAGUUUGGAAGACUAGAACUCUGGGCUGUGAAGCUGCUCUCUGCCCAGAGACCUUCAGAUGUUACCCCUGAAUGCAUGGUUCUAAGGUCUUGACAUGGCUUUGGUUUUUCUAAGCCUGAGAAGUGGCCAACAGGGCCCAGCACCCUCUCAGGGUCAGCCAAAGGCAGCGGAUUGAAGUCAGGCAUCGCCAGGCUCUCAGCCGGGCCUCCACGGCCCCUUCCUCCCACCAUGCAGAGGAAAGAGGAGGUGGCUGAAGCGAGGAGGAUAUGAGAUUGGUUCCCGCUCCUCCCUUUCUUCCUCUGCUCUCCCCCCACCCACCCUCUCCCCCACAGCAGCCUUCUCCCGGGAGACUGGGAUAGGACGGAGGGGGCGGAGUUGGGGACUGAGGGACCUGAAGCCCCACAGUGCCCUGUAUGUAAAGGGAGCGCUGGCCGCGCUGGCUGGUGCUCUCCUGCAGCGGCUGCCACCCUGCGGUAGGAUGCUGGGCACUCUGGGGCUUUGGGCACUGCUUCCUGCGGCUGUGCAGGCACCCCCAAACAGGAGGACCUGUGUGUUCUUUGAGGCCCCUGGAGUGCGGGGAAGCACAAAGACACUGGGGGAGCUGCUAGAUGCAGGACCAGGGCCCCCCAGGGUUAUCCGCUGCCUCUACAGCCGCUGCUGCUUUGGGAUCUGGAACCUAACCCGAGACCAGGCACAGGUGGAGAUGCAAGGAUGCCGAGACAGUGACGAGCCAGGCUGUGAGUCCCUUAGCUGUGACCCGAGCCCCCGAGCCCGCGCCAGCUCUGGCUCCACUCUCUUCACCUGCUCCUGUGGUGCUGACUUCUGCAAUGCCAACUACAGCCAUCUGCCUCCUCUGGGGGGCCCUGGGACUCCUGGCCCCCAGGGUCCCCAGGCUGCCCCAGGUGAGUCCCCCUGGAUGGCACUGGCGCUGCUGGGGCUGGUCCUGCUGCUGCUGCUGCUGCUGGGCGGUAUUGUCGUGGCUCUGCUCCAGCGAAAGGCCUACAGGGUGCAGAGUGGGCCAGAGCCAGAGCCAGACUCAGGCAGGGACUGCAGUGAGGAGCUGCCGGAGCUGCCCCAGCUGUGCUUCUCCCAGGUCAUCCGGGAAGGAGGUCACGCGGCAGUGUGGGCUGGGCAGCUGCAAGGGGAGCUGGUGGCCAUCAAGGUCUUCCCCCGGAGGGCCGUGGCCCAGUUCCGAGCUGAGAGAGCCUUGUAUGAGCUGCCGGGCCUGCAGCACAACCACGUUGUCCGAUUUAUCGCUGCUGGCCAGGGGGGACCCGGCCCCCUGCCCUCUGGGCCCCUGCUGGUACUGGAACUGCACCCCAAGGGCUCCCUGUGCCAGUACCUGAGCCAGCACACCAGUGACUGGGGAAGUUCCCUGAGGAUGGCUCUGUCUUUAGCCCAGGGCCUGGCAUUUCUCCAUGAGGAGCGCUGGCAGGAUGGUAGGCCAGUACAAGCCUGGUAUUGCCCACCGAGAUCUGAGCAGCCAGAAUGUGCUCAUCCGGGAAGAUGGGUCAUGUGCCAUUGGAGACCUGGGCCUGGCCUUGGUGCUCCCUGGUUUCGCUCAGCCCCGUGCCUGGGCCCCUCCGCAGCCCCGAGGCCCAGCGGCCAUCAUGGAGGCCGGCACACAGAGGUACAUGGCGCCAGAGCUCUUGGACAAGUCUCUGGACCUACAGGACUGGGGCACUGCCCUCCGGCGAGCCGACGUCUACUCCUUGGCCCUGCUCCUGUGGGAGAUCCUGAGCCGCUGCCCGGAUUUGAGGCCUGGGAAACUGACCCCCCUCCCUGCCACCUUCCCCCAGACGGCAGACCACCACCCUUCCAACUGGCCUAUGAAGCAGAACUGGGCAGCGCCCCCACCACCUGUGAGCUGUGGGCCCUGGCAGUAGAGGAGAGGAGGCGCCCUGACAUCCCAUCCUCCUGGUGCUGCUUUGCCACAGACCCCGGCGGGCUCAGGGAGCUGCUGGAAGACUGCUGGGACGCAGACCCGGAAGCGCGGCUGACGGCCGAGUGUGUCCAGCAGCGCCUGGUGGCCCUGGUUCAUCCUCAGGAGGCCCAGCCCUGCCCAGAGGGCCGUCCACACAGCCACCCAGAAGACUGGCCCCCUGCUUCUGCCCCUGCCCCUGCUCUCCUCCCCGGCAGCCCACAGCCGGGUGCCUGCCACUUCGGUGUUCAGCAAGGCCUUUGCUCCAGGAACCCCGGAGCUGCCUGUGCCAGUUCUGACGUGUAAAUAAGCAGUUUGUGUGUAAUCUACCUGUAAACGUAAACAUGGCACUGGUAUACCUGUCUGCUCUGCCUCUCCACUGUUUUCCCACUCCCCAAUCUGUUAGGCAGGAAGCUGGAAAUUGAGCCUAUGUGUGUGUGUGUGAGACAGGCCUGAAGACCAGCACCCAUUGCAGAAGCCCCAGAAACCCAGCAUCUUGCACUUCAGAGUCCUGCCCAGACCCUGCUAACCUCCCAGGUGGUCCCAGCCCUUCCCUCAAGGCAAACUCCCAGGAGAAUUCUCUCUCCUCAGGACCAAAGGGGUUACCUGAUCUGAUAACACAGGGCAUAAAACCUUCACAGAGUCCCCUUGCCAGCAAACCUGGGGAGGAAUUUGCAAAUUUUCACUCAACAAACCCUUCCACCAGGGCUCCCCCUUCUUUGUCCUGGAGGAGAAAGGGAGGUGGGUAAACAGACUCCCUUAAAAACCUAGGGAGUCCAAACUGACCACGCACUCAGCCCUCUGCCUCUCUGCCUAGCCGCCCGCCUGGCCUGCCCAGGUGUAUUCUCUUCAUUCAACCAUGUGACCUUGCUCUUCCCCUGAGCGCUCUCUGUCUGUCCCCUCCAUUUUGACAGAUGCCCUGUCCCCAAUAAACCUUAUCACUCUG